CACACACUACACACACAGAGUACACAGUUGGAGUGUGUUCCAGUGCUUUGCACUGCUGCACAAUGGAGAUAAUUCAGUGAGGCAAACCACAAAUUCUUCUAGCCGUAGAAAGAUUAGUUGCCCAGCGCAUGUGCUACAAGAAUAGAUGAGAAUAAAUAUUUCUGCUUCUGUUGCCAAAGUUCAGUCAGACUGAAGAUGCUGAUGUUGAUGUGGAUUACAGCAUUGAUUUUUCAUAAAACUGAUUCUGCCCAAGAAAACCAAUCUAUUAUUCAGCCAGACUCAAUGGUUAUUGCCGAUGUUGGUGAUAGCGUGACUCUGCGCUGCUUUCGACCAGAAGAGGAAACCAGUGGAAGCAUCAUUUGGUACAAGCAAAAAGUAGGACAUGAGCCUCGAGCUAUGGUCACAGUUAAUUAUGAACCUAUUUGGGAAAAUCAGUUCAAGUCACCAAGAUUCUGUAUCAAGAAAGAAAAAAGGGGCUUCCAUUUAAAUAUUGCUAACCUAGAACCAUCAGAUGAAGCCAUGUAUUACUGCAGCCUCAUGAAAUUUUCACCGGUCUUCGGAAAAGGAACAUUUUUAACAGUAAAAGAUGACAGAGAUGUAAAAGUGUCAGUGUGGCAGCACGGGAUGUCGGACUCGGUUCCUGCAGGAGCCUCAGUGACUCUGCAGUGCUCGGUUCUCUCUGAGAGCAGAGCAGCAGAACUCCAAGUGCUCUGGUUCAGAGCUGCUCCACCACAAUCCCAUCCUCAAAUCAUUUACACUCAUCACAACAGCAGCCAUCAGUGUGAGAGCGGCUCUUCUACACACACCUGUGUGUACAACUUCACCAAGAACAUCCUCAGCCUCAAUGAUACUGGAACUUACUACUGUGCUGUGGCCCUGUGUGGGAAGAUCGUAUUUGGAAAUGGGACACAAAUUCAGCUGGGUAAGAAGACACUCACUGAUCAGUGCUUCAAGGGAUCUGAUGCUGUAAUGAUCUGCCUUGCUGUAGCUUUGGUACUGUGUGUUGUGGUGAUCUCUGUUCAAGUUAGUUUAAACUGCAAAAACCAAAACUUUGACUAUCACAUGGUGAAAGUUUCACAAGACACAAUGCACAAUCAGGACGAUGAUACAGUGGAGGUGAAUUAUACUGCCAUAAAUUAAAAUAAAUUAAUGAAAACCAAAAGUGAAAGAGCCAAGAGAUGAACUACAUGAUCAUGUUUAUUCUCAAGUGCUACAUAUUCCUGUU